AUGCGUCAGUUUCAGUCUGCUUUACUGCCAGAAGGUGCUAAGGCCUACGUAAACGGUAAGUUUGGUAUGGGAUUGUGUGUAUGAUGGAUGCUGGCGAUUAUAAAGUUGUGUGAAUUACAAGUAAUGUUUUGAAGUUAUGUUGUGUUGUGUUUUAGGAAAAUGGCUUGGGAGUACCUCUGGAAAGGUGUUCGAGGUGUUAAAUCCUUACACCAAAGAGACUAUAACUGACGUUCCAGACUGUAAUGUACAGGAUGCAGAAAUUGUAAGCUUUUUUUAUAAAUGUUUUUAAAUAAGUGCGCGUUUAACAUAAAUUAUAGUGUUUAAACAGCUGUACGUUCUCUGCAAGAGAUACUGGUUUAAAAUUUUGUUUUGUAAAAUAUAGAGCUGCUAAUUUUAAACUAUAACAUGACGCUGAAGAUCGUUUGCUUUUGAUAUAUUACUUUAUUUAUAGGCGGUACAAUCAGCAAAGCAAGCUUUUCCUAAAUGGGCCAAUGAAUUUACAGCGAAACAAAGAGCAGAAACGCUGAGAAGAUGGUACGAGAUCUUCAGGGAUCGUGAAGAAGAAUUGGCCAAGCUUUUGACAGAAGAACAAGUAAGUGAUUUUGUUAUUGAUUUGUUUUUAGGUAACAAAAAUUCUGUAAAUCUCUUUUUACUAGAAUCGUGUCGUUAGAAACUUUUUCGAUGUGUUGUCUUUGUAAAAUAUUGUUAUGUAUGCUUAUUAAACAUGUUUUCAUACCUUUUAAAAAGCUUUUUAUAUAAUUUGAUAUUUAGGGCAAGCCGUUAGCGGAAGCUCGGGCUGAGAUUCAAUAUUCUGCGGCUUAUUUUGAUUGGUACGCAGGAGAAGCGCGAAGAAUAUAUGGCCAAGUUGUUCAACCUCCGACUCUCAACCGAACUCAUUUACAUGUUCGUGAGCCUAUUGGGGUAGUUGUGGCUAUUACACCAGUAAGUUUAAUUUUGAACGUCGUUCUUAAAGUCUUUCACUUUAUGAAGUGCAUCUAUGUAUUGAAGGUUAAACUUGAGUAUUAUUUCAGUGGAACUUCCCAGCAGCAAUGAUUGCUCGUAAAGCAGCAGCAGCUUUGGCUUCUGGAUGUACGAUGGUUGUGAAGCCGGCUCACGAUACUCCAUUAUCUGCAUUGGCUUUGGCAGCUACAGCUGAAGAUGCUGGCAUACCCAAAGGAGUCUUCAACGUUUUAACUGCUGCUCAUGAAAACACAGCCGAGAUUUCGAAAUUUGUUUGUGAAUCCCAUAGUGUAGAUUGUAUUUCGUUUACUGGUAGUACGGGAGUCGGAAAGGUAAGCACACAUUUUGAUAUCUUUUAUACCUAUUAUAUAUUUAGUAUAUAAUCAUCGUUAUUUACAGUUACUACUUUCUCAAUCUGCUUCCACAGUUAAAAGAGUAUGCCUCGAACUGGGAGGUAACGCUCCUUUUAUUGUCUUCAAAUCGGCCGACUUGGACAAAGCUGUCAAAGCGGCUUUGGCUUCGAAAUCAAGAGCUAGUGGACAAACUUGUGUCAGUUCAAAUAGAUAUUAUGUUCACGAUAGUGUGCAUGAAGAAUUUGUAAAUAAGUUGAAGGAAUCUUACUCAGCACUAAAAUGUGGCGAUGGCUUGAAAGAUGGUACUACUCAAGGCCCUCUUAUUAACGAUAAGGCUGUUUAUAAGGUAAGUUUUGUGUAAAUUUAGUUUUUUUUCUUGGUUUAUUAUUAUUUCAUAGAUUUCACAUAAUCUUAAGCAAGACAUAAGACUCAUUAAUUAAAAUUCAGUUUCACUGAUAAAUUACGUUUAAAAAUUAUACCGUUUUAACGUUUCCAUGAUUCUUUCAGGUCCAAUACUUAGUAGACGAUGCUCGAGACAAAGGCGCCGAACUUGUGAUUGGAGGUGAAUAUAUAGAAGAGACCAACAUCUAUAAACCCACAAUCCUUACUAAUGUAACAGAGAAAAUGGAGAUUGCUCAUCAAGAGAUUUUCGGACCUGUAGUAGCGAUCCAGAAGUUUAGCGACGAAGCUGAAGUCAUUAAAAGGGCAAACUCUACAAGACAUGGAUUGGCAUCGUACAUCUUCUCAGAAGAUUACCGACAAAUCAACAGGGUUUACAGAGCCCUACAGUUUGGCAUGGUUGGAGUUAAUGAAGGUAAGGGAUUUGUGUUUUUAUAACAUGUACAGAGGGUAUAAAUGGAACGUUUUUUAAUGGCUUUAUAUCAUCUAAAACAAGGCCUUUGGUUUUGUGAUAUAAUUCUCAAUGUUUAGGCGCUAUUUCAUCGGCUGAAGCAGCCUUUGGAGGUGUGAAAGAAAGUGGCAUGGGCAGAGAAGGUGGUCCUCAAGGUAUCGAUGAGUUCACCCAAUGGAAAUAUGUUUGUAUUGCUGAAUAA